AAUUAUUUGAACGUCUCUGAUAUGUCCCUUUUUUUUUUAAUUUUUUACUUUCCUUUGUGGGGCCAGUCCCUUUAUAAUAGCAUAGCAACAUUUUUUGAAGGAUAAGAGGGAUAAGAAAUCCAUCCACUGGCUGACUGGCUCCGAUACAGGUAAGUAACGAACACGGCCAUGCUAUCUCCGCCAAGACCUUUGAAUGCUAUCCCAGCUUCAAUUUCCCUGGCAUCAUCCCAACGCCAACAUGUUCAAUUCCUCACGCUUGGUCCCAUUAAAAGCAGCAGCGACGACAUCAACGGUGAAACCGGCAGCAACGAACCAAAUGCGUCAACACCAAUUCAGCAGCCCAUAAAGCCUCCAGACACGGUGGAGAUUCGGUUCCGAAGGGGUUCAAGAAGAAGAAGAAGAAAUCAACAGCAGGACGGCGCGUCCAUGAAAGCAGAGACAGCAGCUCAUCCCAAGGACUGGGAAUCCAUGACUCUGACCGAGAAGGUUGUAGAGCUCUAUAUGGGGGAGAAAGGUAUCUUGUUCUGGCUUAACAAGUUUGCUUAUGCUUCCAUCUUUAUCAUUAUUGGGGGGUGGAUAGUAUUCCGCUUUGUUGGCCCCGCACUCAAUCUUUACCAGCUGGAUUCUCCUCCCUUGGCUCCCACCUCCAUGUUCAAAGGUUAAUGAGAAUCUCUCUACGAAUCAAGAAUUGAAGUUUCUGUAGGUGCAGGAUAGUCUAGAGUUAAAAGAGUGGAUUAAGUUUUUCUGUUCGAGAACUAUUACCCUUUGUAUUUCUCUGUUAUCCACGGCCUUGACUAGUAUUCUAGUAUAUCCAAUACAUGAAAAUUUGGUGCA